AUGGAUUGCGAAAGCUCUGAAAGCCCUCAGCGUUUUGCCUGGCAAACAUGUGCCACUCCUACCGAAGAUGCCGAGAGCUUGAGCAUUAGAGAGGAUGCAGUAGCGAAAGCUGAGGCUCAUGCUGCCAAGCUGAUAAGCUGCCUAGAAGAUCACAUCGAUGGUCAGAGUACAGAUUCGAAAAAUGUGAUUAAAUCUAUUCUCAACAGCCUAUUUUCGAUCCGGGAAGAACACAAGGGCUUCGAGAUGCUCGUGGGGGUCGCUGGAGCCACAGGCGCAGGGAAGUCAUCCAUGCUCAAUGCUCUUUUGGGAUUUCGUGAAAUAUUCCCUUCAGGGCAUCAGGGAGCAGCUACCGCGGUGCCAUGCAAGGUGGCAUGGAACUUUGACGACCGCCUCGGCUACGAGUGCAUCGCUAACAUAUACUUCCAAUCCAAAGAGGAGGUGAUGAAGACUCUUGAGAUUCUGGUUGAAGCAUUCAUCUCUCGGGACAAUCCGGACGAGUCUUCGUUUCAGAGCGACAAAGAAAAAGAGGACAAUCUUGAACAGAUGCAAAGUGAGAUAAACAAGGUCAUGGAAAAGGUCCGAGCUGUGUGGAAGCUUGAAGAAGAAGAUGUGCAGCAUAUUAUCGACAGCACGUGCUCAAAAGUCACAUCGAGCGCAAACUUCAUCUUCGAUAGCAACCCCGCGGUUGGUGAGCUUUUGAAGUUAUCGAUGAAGCCUGUCCACGCAUCCACCCCCGAGGAGCUGGCAGGCUUGACCAAACCAUACCUUGAUUCGACCGAGGCCUCUCAUGGGCGUGGUACAAAUUUUGCUGCUUGGCCACUUGUUAAAGAGGUCAGAGUUUCGCUUCUUAAGAAUGGAAUAUGCUUGGUCGACCUCCCUGGACAGGGAGAGAUGGAGGCGAGCAGGGCAGAGGUCGCCCAAAAGUACUCAGACAAGCUCGACGUUACCAUGAUCGUCGCCCCAGUUCAUCGGGCUGCCGAUGAGCGUAUAGCGCAGAAGCUUCUGAAUAAGUUUCAUUCACUCCAAAUGGAGAUGGACGGGCGCCUCAACAAAGAAAAGUUCUCCGUCAUUCUUUCUAAAACUGAUCAAAUUGAGGCCGAUGAUUAUACAGCCUUAUACGGAAAAGACGAAGAAGUGCAACGCUUGAAGAGAGCGAUGCAAAUUGCCCGACAGGAAAAGAGGAAAAGACCCAACCGCCGAAGACAAAGAAAGUUGCAAUCACGGGCCAAAGAUCUAAUGAGACAUUUCAAGAAAGCUACCCAGAAAAAUGAAAAGAUUAGGACCGAGAAAAAGGACCUAGUCAUUGAUCAGAAGCCGAAGAAGACAGAAUUACGAGGGAAAAGUAUGAACUUUAACUCGUCUGUUAGUAAUAAGUUGCUCGCGAGAGCAUUAUUGAGGAAAAUCAAGGCAUGGAAAGAGCGUGCCAAGAAAACCAAUAAGCAAGCGGACCUUGAGAUUCAGAGGCUUGAUCACCAACUGAGUCAUUGGGCCAUCUGGAAUAGAAACCGUCAUGUGGGUGAGCGUAUAGAACAAAGCUUCCAGAGGCAGAAGAAACGAAGUAACUCUCGGGGACCCAGUGUCUCCAGAGAUGAGACCUUGGGAGUAACAGUCUUGGGCAUUAGCUCCACUGCAUACUGGCAGCUCCAAAAUCAAAAAGGGGCAAGACUCGGGUUUCCCCGAGAAACUUUCACUGGGAUCCCGGGGGUAGUACAAUGGAUGCAUAAGGCUAUAUCUAGGUCCAGAGAGAAGCACCUGCUUUUGAUAUUGAACAAAUAUCUUGUCGUCUUCAACAAGCUGCAGGCAUGGACGAAGAAUCCAAAUAAGUCAGAUCCGGUCAUGGACAAGGCUGAAAUCGAAGAUCGACUCAACCAAUCUCACCAGAAUUUUUUGAAAGAUCUGGAGAGUAUUUUCGACACUUUAUGCAAGAAAAUUGAAGCGUUCGACACUCUAAAAAACAUCCACCCAAUCAAAUUCAAAUUUAAGAGGGAGAGCGAAUAUAUUACUGAAACCUGGUCUUUCAAAGACCCAAAGUCCCCAUUUCGACGAACAAUACACUGGUCAACCUACAGAGCGAUAGUUGCUCGGGGAGGGUAUUGGAAGCAUCACGAUGGUAUUGAAUACAAUUGGAUUUUGGAUUUGGCGACACCUCUGCUCGAAAUUCUGAAAGAGAACUGGCAGGGAGUCUCCAAGGAAUCAUUGUUGAGGCUACGAACUGACGUAGAGACUAAAAUCAUCGACGCUUGGAAGGGUGAUGCAGCAGAGAAAAUCGAUUGGAAGCUCAGAGAACAGCUCAUCGGCAUCCUCCCUGAAAUGACGGCAAUUGGCACUAGUCUAUGUAGUCAAAUGAGCUCCCUAUUGGAUGACUUUGCCAAAAAGGUCAAUGGCUUGCAUUGUUUGAUCGUUCCAAAUAUAGAGAACGCGCUCAGGCCUGUCUUGAACGAGGCUCUGCAAUUCCAAGGCCUUGGAUCGCACGCCAUGCGUCAACAUUUUGUGGCAGAAAAUGUUCCUCUGCAGUGUGAACGUUUAGUUCCAAUGCUGUGCCAAAGCAUACGAUUUGCAUUUCAUGGAAGCCUGGCAGAGGUCAAAAGAGACUCGAUGAAGAAAGCCCUUGAGGCGAUUGAAGAGGCCAAGGCCCAGUUCAACAUCCACGCUAGAGUUCUGUCUAACAACGGGCUAUCGGCAGGCGAGUUGAACUUGGAUCACAUCUUGAAGCAAGACGUCUCAAUCCCCAAGAAAGUGACCAUUGAGCAUAUAAUGAGCAUGGAAGAAGCUUAUAGAAAUUUAUUCGGCGAUGGGCCGAUGGCUCAAACUGAUUCAGAGGAGAGCGAAAGCGAGAGUGACAGCGAUAGGGACAGCGACGCCCCUAGCAGCGAGACGAAUCAGGACGAGGAGAUGCCGCUUGCGGACGACGUCUCGAUGGAAGAUCUGGUAAAGGAACUGAAGGAUUUGGAGAAACAACUAAAGAAACAUUAG